AUGGUAAUGUAUCCGAGCUUAUCUUCCCAGCAAUUCAGGGAGGCACUAAAAGAUAUAUCACAAUUUGAGCUUGAAUUCAAGAAGAAACAACAAUUGACAUUUAUAUUCAAAUUGAUAGAUACAAAUAAUGAAUUGCAUCAAGAGUUGUUGAAGUCUGAAUCUGGGCAUAAUUCUUCCGGGACAGUAGAGCUAUCACCGGAGGAUGCUAAACUAUAUAAAGAGACAAUUGAUGAGAACAAAGUUGCUUUGUUGGAACAGAUUGAGCGUGUUCAGAGUAUUAAUGAUGAGUUGGUGCAACGUGGUUUUUUGAGCCCGCUGCAGAAGGGGAAGGAGGAAAAGAAGUUAAUGGAGGAUAUCAAAGAGAAAGAGAAGGGGGUGGAGGUGGAUAAAGACCAAGGGGUUGUGUUGUAA